AUGUCCGCCCUCUCUCAUGACCGUCCCGCGCCUCCAGCAGCCAGCUCUUCCACGGCGACCUCAACAUCAAAUUCACAGACCUCGAGCCCUCUCCUUGGAGAGACACCUCCUGUCGUCGUCCCUUCCCCGUCAUCUAACAAGCCACCGACAGCGAAGCAUCUCUCCCCCCAUGCUGCCUCUCCACAGAUGGCUGCUCGUCCACCACCGGCACCCAAAGCUGAGCGACCCCGGCCAAAGAUUCGUGCUAGACAAGCAGCAAUAACGCUGACGCCAGGUGCAGUCGAGCGUUUGCGCAACCUCCUCAAGAGCCCAACCCCUCAAAUGAUCCGCAUCGGGGUGAAGAACAAGGGUUGUGCCGGGCUGUCGUACCACCUAGACUACGUGGACAAGCCAGAGAAGUUCGACGAGGUGGUGGAGCAAGACGGAGUUAAGGUGUUGAUCGACAGUAAGGCACUGUUUUCGAUCAUUGGCAGCGAGAUGGACUGGAAGGAGGAUGGCUUAAGUGCCAAGUUCGCGUUCAAGAACCCCAACAUCAAGGAUGCUUGCGGCUGUGGAGAGUCGUUCACCGUCAGCUAG